ACGGAGGAUUUGCGUGGGAAGUAUGUAAAACUUGGCGUCGAAGAGCAGAAAAGGCUGAAUAAGUCGAAGGAGAAAAGGAUCAAAGAAACGGACGAUAAUUUUGAAUUUUUGAAACGAGAAAUAAAUGCACGCAUGGAGCAGGAUCUGCAGAAAGCCGCUGCUGCGUUCUUUGCUUCAUAA